AUGUCCUCUGAUGACACCGCAGUAGCUGAAUUGGAAAAUCAUCAGAACGCAUUGAUCUCAGCACAUGUGAUUCAACCAGUAACCGAAUCACUGAGCGCACCAGCCGCCACAAACACCACCAAUACAUCACCCGAGUUGCUUAACUACCAACAGUGCCUUGCCAGUGGCGUCAGCAGCAGCAGCAUUACUGGUCAUAUGACCAGUAACGGUUUAAUACCUCCAACCAAUAGCCAUCAUCCUCAUCCUCAUCACCACAGCCACAGCCACAGUCACAGUAUCUCACCGAAAGUUGAACAUGCAGCAACAGCAACAGCAACAGUUAUGCCAGGCACAUCUACCGCGAAUGCCGCUGCCAGCGGUAAUAUUCCCAGCCCAUACAGCCAUGUUACACUGGCCGCACACAAUGGCGAUAGUAGUGGUACAAAUGCGGCCAGCCUAAUGCCGCCCCAUACGCACGCCCACACACAUCACUCACACUUGAAUAUGAAUCUCAGCGCCGCUGCACAAAGUCAAAUGAUGCCGACGGCAGUGUCACAGUCGCAUCAUGUGCCUCCUUCUCACUCACAAAUGAUGGCCGCAAAUAUUUACUCGACAAUUGGUCAGCCAUAUGCUAGCGAGAAUAGCAAUUUUGGUGCCAUCUAUCAUCAUCAGCACUAUCACAGCAGCUAUGGAAGUCCCUAUGAUAAGCUGAAGGUAACCGGUCAUAUGCGUCAGGCAUCAGCCGCUGCAGCUGGCAGUCCCACGGCGAUGGCUUCAGCAGCGGCAAACGCUUAUAAUAUCAGCAGCUAUCAGUCAUUCUAUGGUUCGCCGCAUCAAAUGAUGCGUCCAAAUAGUUACAUUGAUUUGGUGCCGAGGUAAAUAUUCCAAAGGGCAGCAAUACAUAGAAGCAGCGGCAAUCAUCCAUAGUUAGAAAUGUAAGAACCAGUGAAAUGUUGCAAUAAGUAAAACAUAUUUUUAUGUUGAGUGCAGUUGAGAAAGUAAAAAUUUACUAAUUUUGAAAUUGAAUAAUUAAAAGUAUUAAAUUUGUGUAGCCACUUUUUUUUUAAUUUUUUGUAAUCAUACAUUGCAACCGUACUUAGCCAAUUAGCAACCAAAAAAGUUAA